UUGGCUGUCAGUCGAAAUUUUGAGAUGAUCUAUCUAAUCUGUGGUCAGAAAAAUUCAAAAUAAAAUUUACAAAGAAAAUAAAUUGACACAUGUUUGUAAUGCUCGUUUUAAUUGUAACGUACUAAUGUUUUUAUUUACAUUAUUAUCAUUAAUUAAAUUAAUAAUUUAAAUGACUCGAUAAUUAACUGUUUUUAUUCAACAAGUACUUACUGAAUCCAUACAGUGCAAAAUGGCUAAAUGGAAACUAAGCCGGCAAACAUUUGGUGAAGAAGAAUUCAUCUUAACAGAAGGAGAUGAAGUCACAAUAGGAAGAGGAAUCAACAACUGUAUAACGCUGUCUAGUUUAUUAAUAUCACGAAACCACUGUGUGUUAAAUGUCCAGAAAACUAAAGUUCUUAUCACAGACUUGAAGAGCUCUAAUGGCAUUUAUGUUGGUUUAAAAAAAAUAACUCCAAAUAUUCCUUAUACACUAAAAUGUUCUGAUAUAAUAGGAUUUGGGUUAGCUGAAAAUGCAGUACAUGAUAAUAUAAAAAACAGUGAGAAAUAUCUUUUUAAGUUAAUAAAGUAUGAAGUCACUACUCCUUUAAUAGAUAGAAUAAUGUUUCAAAGUGAUAAUGAAAUUGAUGAUAUUGAAGAUAGAAUUGCUGCAUUAGAAAAUAAUGAAAACAAUGUUUCAAUAAUUGGACAUUCACCAGUUACUAAUACCAAACCUAUGUUAAAAAGAAAAAUAAAAACAGAUUCUUCUGAACUUCUUAUAAAAGGUAACCAAGGAGCAAAUAAUGCUGACAUAAUUUCUACUAAAAAUGAUGAUGUUGUGAAUCUUUUAUCAGACAGUGAAAAUGAGAUGCAGUCUAAGUUGCACAAGGUUGAUCCAACAAAAAUUAAACUAGAACCAAUACAUGAACAAUCUUCAAAGAAUGUUUGUAUUAUAAAGCCUGAAAAUGAAUAUUUAGAGUUUGAGGCUUUUAAUGUGAAACAAGAAUAUUUUCGAGAUGACAAUGAUGAUGAACCUAUUAAAAUUGACAGUGACAGUGAUAGUGAAUCAGAGCAUUGGUAUUUAAGACUUUCACAGAGUUCACCAGGAAAACCAUUUAUGAAAAUAACGAGAGAAAGCACCAAAGAAACGAGUAAAGAAGACAGUUCUUACAGUCAAAUAGAUGAUGAAGUAACUGACAAUGUAUUGAAUAAUUUUUCGAACAAUGAUGAAGAAUUUAUUGAUGAUUUGAUAUUAAUUCCGCCUCAGCCACCUGAUGAUAAUAUCAGAUUGCCACAAAAUAAUGUUGUUUCAGAAAAUUCAAUAAAUAAUAAAGACUUUGUUGGUGAUGAAUAUAUGGAAGAUAUAAUUUCAUUAAACCAAAAUGUGGCAGAUAAUAAUAAAUGUAAUAAUCAUGAUAAUAAUGAUGAUACUGAUGGCAUUUCCCCUAACAGUAAUAUAAAAUUAUGUGAUAAACUAGUAACAAAUGAAAUAGACUUGCAAACUGAUGGAGUAAAAAAAGUACAAUUAAUUGCACCAAUUGCACAUGCACCAAAACGGAAAACUAAUAAUAUUACAGUUGAAAGUAAAUUAAAAACUUCAAAAAAAAACAAAACAAAGAAACACUCAUUUAAGAAACACAUUAGCAAUUCGCAAAAAGAAGAACGUAAAAAGAAACUCAAAGAAAUUGCUAAUAAGGUAAAGGAAGAAAAUGAACUCAUCAGUUCAAAAAGUUCCAUUAAUAACUCUAAUAAAUCUGUAGUUAUAAAAGUAACAUCUUCAAAUCGAGGUGCCUUUCUAUCCGAUGUAACACAAGUUGUUAAGCCUACAAAACGAAAAGAUAGCCCACAAAUAAAUAAAAAAGAAUUACAAAAGAACAGUGAAAAUUCUUCUAAAUUGUUAAAUGAAGAUAAAUCAUCUAAAUUAAGUAAUAAUAUUGAGAACAUAAAAAAGCAACCUGAACCACUGAACAAAGAACAACAAAUAACAUCCAAACAUCAUAUGAAAUACAAAUCAAAAGAUAAUAAAAACCUUGGUUCUCAAACUUCAGUAGAAUCAAGAGUACCUCUAAAAAGUUUAAAACCAUUGACAGAAAGUGUAGAAUCUUUCUCAGGCAAACCAGUUUCUAAAGUGGAACCACUACCACCUGAAAAGCCUAAAAAAUCAGUCCGAUUCUCUGAAGCUCCUCCUGAGAUUAGAGAGUAUCAAAUUGAACCAGGUAACAGGAUGCAAAAAACCAGUAUGAUAAAAACAACUUUGGUGGAUGUGCAACAGAUGCCAGUAUUUUCCUUAGAAAAAAUAACAUUAAUGAAAAUCCUCAGAUGGAACCCUCAAUGGUUGGAAGAACAGAUUAACAACCAUGAUCCGCCACCAAUAUUGGGGCACAAUAAUCCACCUAUGGCCCUUUUUCAUUCAUUCCAUAAUCACAGUCACUAUGUUCAAAUUGUUGGCGAUCUGCUUCUUAUGGAAAUUUGGGAGUGUUUAACAUUAGCAUAUAUGAAAAUACGCAAUCAAAGUAAUAGAUUACAAAUGAGAAUUGCUUCACUACCCCCUGUGCCCACACAAGAAAGAAGUUUCGAUAUAUUCAACAUCAGUGUGGACUUGUCACUACUUACAUCAGAAGUAAAAAAAUAUUUACCCAGAGUAGGUGAAAUAAUGCUUAUUGGUUUUGGGUCAGGAAAUGCUUCAAGCCGUAGAUUUUUCUUUGUACAUAAUGUCAGGAAUAUACCUUCGCCACCAAACAACAUACACUUAUUUUAUAAUAUAUCUUUGCAUGCAACAUAUACGGAAAAAAUGAAAUACUUAAAACCUGGUGAAAUAGUAUCAGGAGUGACUCUAGCAUAUAUAAAAAAUGAGCUUAAUUUGUUUGAAGCUAUGGCUUACUUAGCUGGUUCACCAUUAAGUGAAAUCAUUUUAAAGCCUCAGCCCCACUAUUUUAAGAAUCACGAUUUUAAUCCAGCAAGCUGCGUAAAAUCACAGUGGACAAUGACUCUAAACGAGAGUCAGCAAGAGGCAGUCAGUUCGUCUGUCUCAGCAGCGCUGGGCGACCGGCCCUGCAUACAAAUGAUACAAGGACCACCCGGCACAGGGAAAUCCAGCGUGAUUUGUGCUAUCAUCAUGACAUAUUUUUAUAAUGAGUAUGGGAAGAGACAACAAAAUAGAGGGAAGAUAUUAAUUUGCGCAACAAGCAACGCCGCGGUGGAUGAAUUAGUCAUUAGGUUAUUGAACAUCAGGCAAAAUUUGCCAAAACAGGAGCGGUUCCGCAUGGUGCGCGUGGGGCGCGUGGAGGCCAUGUCGGCGCGCGCGCGCGACGUGAGCUCGCAGCAGCUGGCCGCGCGCGACGCACGGGCGCACGCCGACGCCGCCGCCGCCGCCGCCGCGCACCAGCCCGCGCACCCCGGGCUCGCCGAGGAGAUCUCUCGACUAGAAGCUAAAGUAAACAUGUGGAACACAGCUAUCCAAGACGCGAAAGACCAAGUACGAAUUGCGUACUGUCAGGGCCGUAAGGCCGACGUCAUCAAAAGGAUAACACUGCUGCGUACGGGCGGCGGCGGCGGCGGCGGCGGCGCUGGCGGACCCGACCUGCGGCCCGAGCAGCUGGCGCACGCCGAGCGCCGCAUCAUAGAGGGCGCGCACAUCGUCGUCACCACGCUCGCCUCCGCGCACCUCCACAAGAUGAAAGGUUUAAAAAAUCGCAUUGCGUUGUGCAUCAUAGACGAGGCAGGACAGGCCAUUGAACCGGAGGCGUUGAUCCCGCUCACGCUUGACGUCACACGCCUCACGCUCAUCGGAGACCCACAACAGCUGCCUGGCUUUAUCUGCUCGCAGCGUGCGAAGCAGCACGGGCUGGCCGAGAGUCUGUUCUCGCGGCUGUCGUCGUGCGGGGGCGAGGAAGCCGGAAGUGCGAGCCCGGCGCUGCUGCUGCGGCAGCAGUACCGCAUGCACGAGCACAUCGCCGACUACCCCAACCGUGCCUUCUACGGCGGCCGCGUGCACUCGGCGCCACCGCCGCGCCCGCCGCUGCCGCUGCCGCCCUACGCCGUGCUCGCCGUCACCAGCGGCGACAGAGGGCAAGGUGCUUCAGGAGCAAAUGAAAUGGAAGCGUGGGCUGUUUCACGACUAGUAGUGGCACUGAAUACACUCCUACGCGGAAUGAACUUAAGCUUGGCAGUCAUCACGCCUUACAAUGCUCACAAGGAACUCAUCAAGAAAAAUAUUAAGAUGUUGCAGAAUGCAUCGGAACCACACGUGGAGGUGAACACGGUGGACAGUUUCCAGGGGCAGGAGCGCGACGUGGUGGUGGUGUCGCUGGCGCGGUCCCAUGGCCUGGGCUUCCUAACCGACGCGGGCCGCAUGAACGUCAUGCUCACCCGCGCACGACACUCGCUUCUCGUCUGCCUCAACCCGCACGCAGUGCUCAAAAAUUACCAGUGGCGUACUUUGGUGGAGGAUGCACAACGAAGGAAUCUAUAUAGAGCACUUCCAAAUGUAAUGUGCCAGGCCGUCGCGCACAUAGGAAAUGAGCAGGUGCUCAAAUAUAUAACAGAACAAAAACCUAAAACCCGUUCAAAACGAUAAAUUUGUCUGACUGGCCCUUUCACAAUUUAUGAAAGUAACUAUUAAAAUAUUUAAUGAAAUAUUAUGAUAUUGAUUACUGUUCGUUAUUAUACUUAAAAAGUCGAAUGUUUAUUAUUGAUAUUUCAAGGGCCUUUUUACUGCUAAUUUUAUGUUAUCUAAUUAAAGUACAAGGUGAAAUAAAAUAUAUACUUAAUUUAGUCAUGUCUGAACAGGCUAUUAGAAAUCUGACAUAACAAUUUGAUAAUCCGCAUUUAUUUUAUUAUUGUGUAUUUUUCAUUAUUUGAAUAUAAUUUAUGCUCGGUUUUAAUACAUGGGCUUAAUUGUUGUAAUGCUAUUCUAUUGUAAAUAAAUAAUUAUUACUAUUUUUGUAA